GCAGCUGCCCGAGGACCGACUCACUCCCUUCUUGAGGCCAUUUAGUUUUACAGGACUGGACUAUUUUGGCCCAGUGAAUGUGACAAUGGGACGUCGUAAGGAAAAACGUUGGGUUGCCCUGUUUACCUGCCUGACCGUGAGAGCCAUUCACCUUGAACUAGCAACUGACUUGUCAACAGACGCCUGCAUUCUGUGCAUCCGUAAUUUUGUCAAUCGGCGUGGAAUACCAAAGCGAAUUAGAAGUGACAACGGCACCAAUUUUAUCGAUGCCAAGAAAGAACUUUUAACAGCUGAUGUUUUCGAUAGUAAUGCCAUCAAAGCAGAACUUUCCGCUAAAGGGAUUGAAUGGAUCUUCAACUGCCCUUCCAACCCACAUGCCGGCGGAUGUUGGGAGAGACUUGUCCGUUCAGUGAAGAGAGUUCUGUCAUUCACACUUAAUGAACUUGCGCCUAAGCCCGAGACAUUAGUAAGUGCUCUUAUUGAAGCAGAAAACAUAGUCAACAGCCGCCCGCUUACACACCUUCCUGUGGCAACCGAAGAUGCAGAGCCAUUAACGCCGAAUCAUUUCUUGAUUGGUGGAACGAACUCGACGCAGUCGCCUGGACACAUCAAUGAAAGAGCUCUCUGCCUCCGAAAGCAAUGGUGAAUAAGUCAGCAGAUUAAGGAUCGCUUUUGGCAUCGAUGGAUCAAGGAAUAUCUUCCAGAACUAACCAAAAGAAGCAAGUGGUUCGUCAAAGUCCCAAAUAUUCAAGUAGGAGACCUGGUCCUCGUCUGCGAUGAGAAUCUUCCGAGAUGUCAAUGGGUGCGAGGUAGAAUCUCAAAAGUUUUUGUUGGACCAGAUGAUCAGGUCCGUUCAGCUGAGAUUCAAACGUCAACGGGAGUUCUUCGGAGGCCGGCGGUUAAGCUGGCUGUACUAAAGGUUGAUUGUGAGGCUGCGGUGAGACCGGGUGCCUCACGGGGGGUGGAGUGUUAAAUAAUUGAACGAAAAGAAUGUAAACAGACCCUUAUAGUUCGGAAGGUAGUUCUGCUUCGGUCGGUCAAACAGAUGUCAGCUAAAUUGGCUCGCGCUUACAAUGUAGGAAUACAUCCUUUUUACGUGGUACUACUUUCGCUUUGCAUAAAUUUGCACUUUCUAGAUGAACGCCGACCGGAGCAGAAGCCGCCUACCGAAUUGCUAAAAAUAAGAAUAAACAUCUUUACUUUUAAAUACAAGAAAGUCGUUAUAUUUCUUUCAAUCACUGCUUUGUGCCGGCGUUUACCUACACUA